AUGUCUGUCAAGAAUGUUGUCUUGGAGAAAGAGCAGGAGAUCGUGACAGAUCCGCGUGGUAUUGCUCUGGAUGAGGACGGGAUUCGACUUUUACAGGAACUGGGUUUGUAUGGGAAGGUACACGGCGAGAUCGGACAACAUAUUGGUUGGACCUUCUUCACAUCUGGAAAGCAUGGGCUCAUGACCAAGCCAUUCCUGAGUAUGAAUCUAGGCACCAGCGACGGGGGAACCGGCCACGUUGGUGUUAUCUGCCACAAACAGCCAGUAAUGGAAAAGAAUAUCCGUAUGGCUGCAAGCAGCUGUCCAAGCUCGCAGCUGCGUCUGGGGUCAACGAUUGUGGGUAUCGAAGAAGACGAGGACUUCGUUCGAGCACUGUACAUCGACAACAACGGCACACAGCGCACUAUUCAGGGGAAGUUCUUUGUAGGAGCAGAUGGGAAAACCGGGUUCACACGCAAACGCUAUCUGGAACCAAAAGGGGUUUCCCUCCAAACACUUUCUGGCUACGAAUACCAAGAGACGUGGGUAGCGAUGAACUGGCACAUGAACCUCCCUACGCCAGAGACACAUCCACACUUCCCUCUCUGGAAACUCAACUACACCCCUGAACAAGUCUACGACAAAUUCUUUCCACCAAAUUUUCGAUUCAUUGGCAAUCCUGACAGACCCUCGGUCUGUGGAAGUUUCGGGCCACGGAACGAAAGACUCUGGAGAUUCGAAUUCGUGGUGGACAAGGGAGAGGAUCCACAGGAAAUGGCUACUUGGGAUAGGACAUCUGAAAUCGUCCUGCCAUACCUGACUCACCCCGGCGCGGAUUAUGGUUUGAAAGAUCCUGUGCAAUACCCGGUUGAUUGCAUCCACGUUCUGCGAUCGAGGCCUUUCACUUUUGCUGCCCGAAGCUGCAACAAGUGGUCCGUCGGAAGAGUGUUACUCUGUGGGGAUGCAGCCCACGUUAUGCCUCCGUAUGUAGUCGGCGGCCAGGGCAUUGUCUCAGGAUUCCGAGACGCUUCAGGUAUUGCAUGGAGGCUCGCACUAGCCUGUCGGCCCGAAUUCGAUGGAAGCUAUGAAACCCUCUUCAACGGGUGGUUUUUAGAACGAAAGCAGCAGUUGGACCGCUCACUUGCUGCUACAGUGGCCAACGGAAAUCUGACAACGGCUCGGAACCCCAUGAAGAUCUUUCUUAGGGAUUGGAUCUUGUGGUUGAUGCAACUUGUCCCCAGCCUGAGACAUAAGCUCGAGCGAGGCCCACGCGCGAACGGCAUGCAACGAUACAGAUUCGGCCCCGGAAUGGCGUUCCUCCCUGACCUAGCAGGCGGAUAUUGCUUGCCACAAGUGUACUGUUGUUCGGUUUACCCCUCGACCAAAGAUCCACUUGUGAGAGUCCAAUUUACUGAUGACGUGCUACUCAAUGGGCCAAGGACCAAUGCACUGCUGCGACUCGUCGUCGUGAUUGAUGAUGUGGAGCAGGCGGAGAAAGCAUGGUCGGAUCUCAGAGACCUGGAUCUGGAGAAUGUUUCCAACAACGAAAUCCGGAAGGAAUCUGCUUUCUUCCUCAUCCAUUCACCAUCCCUCGUGAGUCGUCCGGCAAGCACUCCGUGUGAUAUCCCCCAGCAAAAUGUGUAUCGUAUAGCAACUGGGGACGAGUUUGCGGCUUCAGAACUUUGCAGAAACCGGCCCUACCCGACCGGAUACGACAUGUAUCGGAUUAAAAAGGAUGUUGGCGGGAGGAAGUACGUUUUGGUCCGUCCAGACCGAUUUGUAUUUGCCGCCUGUCAUACUAGCGCAGAGCUCAUCACUGCUUGCGAACGCAUCCCUCCAACAUUAUUUGGAUCUUCCAGAUCAGCAGAGCCGCACGGAUCUAAGCGCUAG